AUGGCUGGGAAAAAGCGAUUGCCCAAAGACGAGGAAAGUGUUCUGAUCGAACAGUCCGCAACCCAGAGGAAGAGACUGCGCAUCAACAAGCAAUUCCCUGAAAGGUUAAGGAUUCGUGGCCGCGCUCGUGCUAAGGAUCGGCCCGCAUGGAAGGAACCCUCAAAGUGGCUGCUCGAACAGCUAAAACAGGAAGACGAUCUGCCUGAGAAGUGGGCAACCGAAAAACAGUUGGACGAUAUGGUUUCCGACAUUCUGGCUGCGGUGUACUUCGAUAUCCAUUACGUCUGCAAGCUCAGAAACUCCAUAAAAUGGAUGAAGACGAAGUCCGAACUCGCAUAUUAUCGACAGCAAAUCAGGGCGGCUGCUGCACUCGUGGAUAGGGCCAUCGCGCGGGAAAUGCUCGUCAAGGUGAAUCCGUGUUUUGAUAGCAGUCAAACCCAUCAGGCACAGCAGGAAUCGGAGCGUGUCAGCCACUUCAUUCGAAUUUUGAGUUGGAAAAUGUUCGCCAUGUGUGCACUUGCUGAAGCCUUCCGAAGAGCACUUCACAAGGAGGACCAAUUCGUUUGGGAGAGUCUGCUGCACAAGAUCUAUGAAAACCGUUUCAGCAUUGACACCUUUGCUCAAUCGCGACACUUGGAUUGGCAGGGUCAGCUACUGAAGCAUACCCACCAUCCGAUACCAGCCAUUCGACGCGCAUUGAUCCCCACAGUUGACCUGUCUCAAGAGCAUUUUCACCAUUAUGUCGUCCAGGAUGGCCAUCCAAGAAAGGCAUGCCACCUAAAGCCUCAAAUCAACAUCGCCGAUAUCUCUGUGUUCAGGCCUAAACGCUUCACGGAUGGAAAAGAUCCCACGAUCCGCGAUCUCGAGCGCGACGGACUGUGUGACCUAUGCGAUGCCGCGCACGAAUGCAAUUGCAUGCUGGUCUCUCUGGCAGGAUGUUUAGUCGAGCUCGUUGACUACCCUCACAAGGGGGUGGGCAUACGAUCUCUGGCUAGGUUCAGGAAAGGUGAUAUUCUGGCCCAAUAUGUGGGCGAGCUGCAACCUGUAGAUUACUAUGGGGAUGAUGUGUAUGCUCUGACGCACGAGUCCAAGAUGAUAAGCAAACCGCUUGCCAUCAUAUCCGCGAAGCGUUAUGGGAAUUGGACACGAUUUAUCAGCCAUUCUUGCGACCCAUUAACAAUAUUCACCAGGAGAACCAUCGGCAAACGAACCAUGACGGUGGUGGAAGUCAUCCGGGACAUCUCUCCGUUCGAGGAGAUCACGGUGGACUACGGUAGAGCGUAUUGGAAAUCUCGAACGUGUCUGUGCGGAGAACCCCGAUGCUACUGUAAACAGAGCACGAGUUGA